AUGAUGAUGAUGUUGUUGAUGAAGAGGACGAAGAAGAAGAAGACCAAGAAGAAGGGAGUCCGGAGAUGGCCCAGUGCGGGGAAGGGGAAAGGGAAUGGGAUCUCCAAGUACUUAUUUAUCCGCAUCCGCCUCGGUCUUCUGGCCGAAUGUAGAGAUGAGAUGAGGAUAUCUCGGUCAAACGAGCGAAUAAGGUAG